AUGUUGGUUUCUUUUGAUGUGAAGGAAUCUUCUUCUCAGGUUAUUGUUGGUAACCUUUCGAUUCCUAAAUAUGGAAUGUGGAAAGUUGCUACGGUAUAUGGGAGUAGGUGUUGUGGGGAGAGGGGUAGUUUAUGGAAGCAACUUGAGAAAUGUAUGGAGGAUUCUUGUCCUGCCAUCAUUGGAGGGGACUUCAGUUGUAUCUUGAAUAAGGAGGAAAAGAGAGGUGGUAAGAGGUUCUUAUUCUCUAAAGGACCUAAGGAGAUAAAAGGUUUUAUGAUGAAUUCAGAUUUUCAUGACAUUGGAUACAUUGGGCCAAGGUUUACUUGGUGUAACAACAAGGAGGGGGCCUCCCGGAUUUGGGAGAGGUUGGACAGUCUGAUUGUUCUUAAAUUGGAUGUUAGUGUGCGGUACAAGUCAAAGGUUAUAAAGUUUGAGGAUACUUGGAGGUCUUACCCGACAAGUAAGAGUGUUGUUUAUCACUCUUGGAAAAAGAAGGAUUAUGGUGAUGAAAAUAUGAUCUUACAAAGGAAGACUACCAAAACUUUAAGAGCAUUAUUUUUUUGGAAUAAGAAUAAAUGUAAAGACUUGAACAGUUUAAAGGAAAAGCUGAAAGGGGAGAUCCUUGAACUUCAAAACAAGGAGGCUUUGGGGGAGAAUUGGGCAGAUAAGGAUCUUUUGUUACUUCGAACUAAAGUACAUGAGCUUAAUGUUACUUUAAGAAGAUUAUCUACAUGGUGGAAUCAAAGGGCAAGAGCUAGAUGGCAUGAAGAAGGAGAUACAAAUUCUAAGUUUUUCCAUAACUUUGCCACAGCUAGAAGGAAUGGAAAUCAGAUUAAUCAAAUUAAAGAUGAGUUCAAUAAUCACAGGAACUGUGUUUUAACGGGUUGGCCGGUAGCUACAGAAAAACAUAUGGUUUCAGCUGAGGAUAUAGUCUUGCUUAAUGAGCAUUUUUUCGUGAAUGAGAUGCAGUGUUCGGUCUUCCACCGUAUGAGUAAGGAGUGGAAAGAUACCCUGAUUGUCUUGAUUUCUAAAGUCAAGAAUCCAUUGGUUCCGGCUAACUACAGGCCUAUCAGCCUUUGCCAAAUUAACUAUAAGAUUGUUGCUACCAUGUUAGUUAAUAGAUUGAAGAAGGGAAUUUCCAAGAUGAUUUCUGAAGAGCAAAUGGCUUUCAUUCCUGUGAGAUCUAUUUCAGAGCAUUGCCUUUUGGCUCAAGAGAUUUUUCAUAAGUUCAAGAUAUCCAAGAAUAAGAUGGGAUUGAUGGCUAUAAAAUUGGAUAUGGAACAAGCUUAUGAUAGCAUGGGAUGGGCAACACUUCAUCAAAUUCUUAAGUGGUAUGGCUUUCCUUCUAAUUUCUCUAACCUUCUAUUGGAAUGUGUUGUAGAUGUGAGGCUUUUCAUUAUCAUCAAUGGAAAGAAUUCCAAGUGGAUUAAUGCUCAUAGUGGGUUCUGUCAAGGAUGUCCACUAUCACCCUACCUUUUCAUUUCGUGUUCCCAACUGUUGUCCAAUUCCAUGGAACAAAGGGGGCAGUCUCUUGGCAUUCAUAUCUCUUCCAGAGGCCCAAAGAUUACACAUCUCCUUUAUGCUGAUGAUGUGCUAAUCUUCUCUCAUGCCUUUACUGCCUUAGCUAAGGCAUUGAAGAUCAUUGUGGAAGACUUUUGUAAGUGGACAGGACAAAGAGUUAACUUCAGCAAAUCCCAAAUUAUGUUUGGCAAGGUGGUUAGGCACCCUUUCAGGAAGAAGAUUAAUAAAGUUUUUGGCUUCAAUAUGGUCAAGGAAAUGAAAUACCUAGGUGUGAAUAUUUCUCCUAGGAGACCCAAGGUGGCAGAUUUUCAGGAGCUUCUUAGUAAUGUUAUGGAUAGGCUUAAUUCUUGGUGUAAGAAGUCCCUUUCUUUGCGAGGUAAGCUCGUCCUUAUUGAAAGUUCUCUGCUUUCUAUGCCAAACUUCUUGAUUACUCAUUCGUUAGUCCCCAAGAGGGAAGAGAUUUGCAAACCAAGGUGUUUGGGAGGAUUGGGUUUGCAAUCUCCUUUACUUAGACUUGGAUCUCUUAGAUCUAAAUUGGCCUGGAAUUUCUUACAAAAGCCGAAUUCAUUGUUUCAUAGAACAAUAAAGUGUAAGUAUGGUGGUGAUAUUAUGUAUGAAGCUCAAAAGAAUGGUAAUUCUAGUGCUUGGCGCAUUUUGUUGGAUGGAGGUAGACUCUUGAAGAAUGCUGUCAAUUGGAGAAUAGGCAAGGGAGACAGGAUCAGUGUUUUGAAUGAUACAUGGUUGCUUGAUAACUGCAUCAACCGGUGGCGAACUUAUGUGAAUUGUGAAUUCCUUGAGGGUGUCUAUGUACAGCAGCUAUUAAUGAGUAAUGGUGAAUGGAACUCUGCGGUAUUACAAUUGGCUUUUCAUCUUGAUUUAAUCAUACUGAUUAGUCAAAUUAGUGUUGAAAAUGAGGAGGAGGAUAGGGUGGAUCUUCUGAAUUGGUGUUCAGGGAAGACCGUAUCUGCUUUGGUUUAUGAGCAUUCUGUUUUUUAUAGCUGUGUUGAUGAGGAGAUCGGGUUCUUCAAUUGGGUACUGAAGCUGAAACUUAACAAGAAGGCUGAGACAUUCUGGUGGAGGCUUGGUAAAAAAGCUAUUCCAACUAAUUUGUUCUUAAAGAACUGCAGAUUAUCUGAUAAUGCUUUUUGUGCUAGAGGCUGCCAAUCUAAUGAAUCAUAUGAGCAUAUUAUGGUUCAUUGCAAAUAUAUGGUGGAAGUUAUUAUGAAAAUGCUUGAAUGGGGUAUUCAUAUACCGGAUUUUCAUUCCCUGGAUAGCUGUUUAUGGAGUUGA